CGCCAAAAGUUAGCUUCUGUUUACAGCUGAAAUUCCUUAAGAAAAACACUAAAUUUUUAAAGUUUUAUCGCAAAAUUUCCAGUAAUAAUGAACGCACUGAUGACGAGCCCCACUCAGAGAAUAGUAAGGCGAACAAAACUCUCAGACUCCCCUGAUGUUUUACGUGAUAUGUUGCGACAGAAAUGCCGAAUCAGGAUGAAACAGGCACGUGCACAUGCCUUCAAUGCCAACAGAAACCUCACAGAGAAUGACGAGGUGUUGAUGACAUCGAUCUUCCGGGAUGAAAUAACGGAGCUGGACAAGGAUAUUGAAGUGCAUGAGACUACAAUCCGGGAAUUGAUGAAUGAAGCUGACCAGUGGCUGUUUGAAGAGACAGUAAGGGCAGAUGAAGCCCUAAUUUCCGAGUACCAAAGCAAUUCCUUGCAAGUAUUUUGUCCAAUUUGCCAAAAGAACCUCCUGAAGCAGGAGGCAAGCGUGAUUUCCUGCACCUGUGGCGUUCGGUUCCUCUUUGAAAGUGGCCUGGAAAGAUUUCAUGAGAUCCUUCAGAUCAAGGUGACCUAUCAUGAAACAUUCUGUGAGAGGAUCCUUCAGUUCUUCACAGAACCCAAACCCGAUCCUGGAUUCUUUUCCCUCUCAGGGAUCUGCAAUGACUGUGAAUAUAUGACGACAAUCGUUCUGUAAUUUUUUUAUGUAUGUAAAUUUCUAUUUUUGUGAAAUGUUCCUGAAAAUGCUGAAAAUCAUGGAAAAAAUACCUCGGGGAUGAAAUUUAUUUAAUAAAUUACUUGUUUUAA